UAUUUCUUUAGCAUAUUUAGACUUGUCUUUCUGUUGACGUUAACUUUUGUCUGCUAUUUGCAUGACUAAUUGUGAGAAUUUAUAAGUGGGAAAACUGUAUUAAUGCAGUGGUCUGUACUUGAGCCGUAGAGCAAAACGGCUAGCAAAAGCAUAACAAGUUGAAAUGUUGAGUUCGUUCAAAGGUACAAACAAAUGUUUGCUGAUGAUGCCUGCAACUACUAAAAUUCAAAAGGAUAUGCUCUUUUGACCUUGGAACUAAUCACAGCCUGCAUAGUUGCAGGGAUGGCUGCUCCGAGAAAACUAGCCUCUUUCCGCCUGCCUCCCCUCCCCACCAUUGGGGAAGUAAUCAAACUGUACAAUCUGCGAGCAGAGAAACAGCUGUCCCAGAACUUUCUGCUGGACAUAAAGCUCACAGAUAAGAUUGUGCGCCAGGCAGGCAGUCUGAAGGAAGCCCAUGUGUGUGAGGUGGGGCCUGGUCCCGGGGGGCUAACCCGCUCCAUCCUCAACGCUGGGGCGGCCGACCUUCUGGUGGUGGAGAAGGACACACGCUUUCUGCCUGGAUUAAAGCUCCUCUCUGAGGCUGCUCCUGGGAAGGUGAGGAUAGUCCACGGUGAUAUCCUCAACUACAGGAUGGACCGAGGAUUCCCAUCCAGCAUCAUCAAGGAAUGGGAGGAUGUUCCCCCAGACCUCCACAUUAUAGGGAACCUCCCUUUCAACGUGUCCACUCCUCUCAUCAUUAAGUGGCUGGAGAACAUCGCCAACAGAACCGGUCCCUUCACGUACGGCCGGACCAGACUGACCCUCACUUUCCAGAAGGAGGUGGCUGAGAGGCUAACAGCCAGUGCAAGGAGCAGACAGAGGAGCCGUCUGUCCAUCAUGGCCCAGUACCUGUGCACUGUCAAGAGCUGCUUCACCAUCCCUGGACGAGCCUUCAUCCCAAAGCCCGAGGUGGAUGUGGGCGUGGUGCACUUCACCCCCCUCGUUCGGCCCCAGAUCGAGCAGCCCUUCAAGCUGGUGGAGAAAGUAGUCAGGAACGUCUUCCAGUUCCGGAGGAAGCACUGCCGCAAAGGAAUCGAAAUGCUUUUCCCGUCCGCCCAGCGGUUGGAGCUGGCGGAGGUGAUGAUGCGGGAGGCAGAUGUGGACCCCACUGUCCGGCCCAUAGAACUCUCCAUCGCCCAGUUCAGGACGCUGUCAGACGCCUACGCCCGCCUCUGCGCCAGCGACCCCGCCCUCCUCACCUACGACUUCAGGGAAGAGCUGCGCCUUAAACACCUGGGUAGGCAAAUGGGCAGUCCUUAGGGGACACAGUGGACCCACACACCCAAAAGACCCUGUGACACACCAGCUCUAGCCAACACGAAAGAGACAGAGAGAAGAGCCGCUAAUGGUCUCUCUUAGUGGCGAGAAACAACGGGACUGCUCUUAGCUUUGACAUUUCCACCUGGCACAGACAUGCAUUUUUAAAGCCAUUUAUUUUAGCUCCCUGAGGCGAUAGGUGAGUUACUGUACUGAGGAUUCCCGGAGCUGUGACAAAGAGCUGAGAAAGGAAAAGGAGAAAAGGAACAGGCCAUAGCUAGAUGUAGAGAAACUCGUGUUCCAAAACGAACCAUCUCAAAGCAAGCUGUAGCCGAGUUUGGUGCUGGGCCAUUCUUGUUAAGGGAACAUUGAUCGAGUUUGUACAUUGACCAGUCGGAGCUAACAAACAUAAGAAGCCAAGCACAGGGAGGUUUCGCUAGGAUCUUUUGUAACGCCUUGUUUCAGUGGAGGUUAAAACAGAACAAAAAGCAUUUUAAAGGACAAUUUAGAGAAUGGGAACGUGAUGGCUGAUUUAGGCCAUUGCGCCCUGCCUUGCCGUCUCACUAGGGAUUUAGAUUCAGGGAAAAGGAAAGUUCUGCAAAUUUGUCAGCUCCCAACGAGUCUGAAGAAAUACAUAAAUAUCAUCAAAGCUAAAAUAAUCAUUUUGUAAAUCAAAGCUUUUCUUAAAAGCAAAAAACACUGGCCAUCUGUUUGGUGUUUUGGGGAGCUCAUUGUACCGCAAUAUUAUGUAAUAGAAAAGUAAUCCAACUGUAAAUGUACUGUAAUGCUAUCAGAUGUGAGGUAAAUAAAGUUCCAGCAGUGUG